AUGGGAUGUGUAACUUAGAGACAAAAGAAGGAUUUUAUCUUUUCUACAAUUCCCGUAUAAGAAUAACGAGAGGACGAUCUAGACGAAUGGACAAAAGUCAUUCAAAAGUAGCAGGGCAAGCAUGGGAAUCAUUCAGGAAAGGCUAUUCUGACUAAAAGCAAAACUCUGUCAGCUAGAUAUCAUCAACCUUUGGAACAAAUUGAUGAAGAAGAAGUGUGAGUAGUUCUGAUUUUUUUAUAUUUCUCAAUUUCCUUCAUUUUUACCAAUAACCUGAAUAGAAUAUCGUCUUCAAUCGAAUAAUAAUAUUUAAAAAUGUUGCAUCAUAAUAAUAUGACAUAAUUGGAAUUGCUUUUUAAGAUUUUCGUUGUUUAAUUAAAUCAUAAAGUUUAUUAUAUUCACAUAUAAAUUUGAGAGUAACUAAUUCCCCUAUUAUUUAAGUCAGAGUCCUUAAUUAACUAGCUGAUAGAUACAAUAUACCUGUUGCCGACCCUUAAUCGGUGUAAUUACAAGUUGAAUUUGAAGGAUUUUACAAAAUAAAUAAUUCAGUUUUUUUCAAUUCACUACAUCAUCACAAUCCAGUCAAGGUACCAAGUCGAAAAAGUAUCGAAUAUAGAGAUCAAAGAAGUAUUAUUUAAGACUUUAGGAAUAUUGGAGUGGAACUUACAUUAAAUAUCAUUAAUUAUGUGUUGUUUGCAAGAUAAUUAAAUGGUUUUGGAUUCUAUUCUGUAAUCAGUAUUUCUGAUUUGAAUAACUAUGAAAUUAAAUAUGUCAAAUAACUAAAGUUUCAACAAAAGAGGUUUCAAAAUGAAGAUGCCAACGUCUAUAAUUGCAGUUACCAAGUUUGUGUGGUUCGAAUGCUCAAUAUUUUAAUAUCAUAUCAUAAUUUUAUAUAAUAUAUAUAAUUAUUACAUAUAUAUCUUUUAGGGAAAAUGGAUGUAGAAUAUGUUGGGGUAAAGCAGGAAUUCCUAGAAGAUAGUAUCAUUUACUCAAUUGCCAGAGUUUUAGAUGAAAUCGUUAGAGAGACUGACAUAAUUGAGAGUCCCUAACAAACUGCAUUUCAUACAAAUAAAAAACCUGCAAUAAGUCUGGCAAAAUAUUUGGAGCGCAUCCAAAUGUACUCUUAUUGCAGCAAUGAAUGUUUCAUCUUGGCAUUGAUCUACAUUGACAGGAUCUAAUAAAAGAACCAAGAUGUUGUUAUCAAUAGUUUUUGUGUCCAUAGGUAUAAAACACUUCUAUGUUAGAUUUAUGUUCGCAUGCAUCAUUCUGAGCAUUAAAUAUAAUGAUGAUGAUUACUAUAAGAAUGACUACUAUGCCAAAGUCGGGGGAAUUACAAUCAGCGAGUUAAACAAAUUAGAAUAAGAACUGUUAACUUUGCUCGAUUACGAGCUUUAUGUUAGUUAAUAACAAUACUACUUUUACAAGGAUAAAUUGAUGAAAUAUGCAAAACUAUGA